AUGGCAAUCCUUAGAAGCUUGCAGAGUUACCGACAAGCGCUGGGUAAAGAAAUUCUGAAAAGAUGCUCAUCAACUGUCACUCAAUCUAACAAUAUCGUUUUGCCUGGUGUUAGACCUGUCGAGAAAAUUAGGAACAUAGGAAUUUCCGCUCACAUUGAUUCUGGAAAAACUACAGUCACAGAGAGGAUUUUAUUUUAUGCUGGACGGAUAGAUUCUAUGCAUGAGGUGAGGGGGAAAGAUGAUGUUGGAGCUACAAUGGAUUUCAUGGAAUUAGAACGUCAGAGAGGAAUCACUAUUCAAUCAGCAGCAACUUAUGUGGAUUGGCAUGGAACAAACAUCAAUAUAAUUGAUACACCUGGUCAUGUUGAUUUCACUGUUGAAGUAGAACGUGCCCUUCGAGUGUUAGAUGGAGCUGUUCUUGUUCUUUGUGGCGUAGGUGGUGUUCAAUCUCAGACGUUCACUGUGAAUAGGCAGUUAGCUAGAUAUAAAGUCCCUUUUAUAUGCUUUGUAAAUAAGAUGGACAGGACUGGAGCAACACCUUUCAAGGCCCUGGAUGGCUUGCGUAAUAAGUUAAAUCACAAUGCAGCUCUUAUUCAUCUUCCAAUUGGAAAAGACUCAGACUUUCAUGGAAUCGUUGACUUGAUCAAUGAACAAGCGAUUUACUACGAAGGUGAUGAAGGACUGAUCAUAAGAAGAGAUGAAAUCCCUAACGAGUUGCGAGUUCAAGCAAAAGAUUUACGUCAGGAAAUGAUAGAACAUAUUGCCAAUGGAGAUGAAGAAUUGGGAGAGAUGUUCUUGAAUGAUUUGAAUCCAUCCAUUGAUCAAAUUCAUGCUGCCAUUCGGAGAUCAGUUGUUAAGAGAUCAUUUGUUCCUGUUCUUUCUGGAUCAGCGCUGAAGAACAAAGGUGUUCAAACUAUGAUUGAUAGUGUUGUAAGCUAUCUACCAAACCCAAGUGAAGUUCAAAAUAGAGCUACUAUCAAAGAGGCUGGAACUGAUGAGGAGAAAACAAUAUUUUUAUCUCACGAAAGAUCCAAUAAAGAACCGUUCGUUGGUCUCGCUUUCAAGUUGGAAGCAGGAAAAUAUGGACAACUCACUUACUUCCGCAUUUACCAAGGACAGUUAAGCAAAGGAGACACUGUAUACGCGUCAAGAGAUGGAAGGAAAGUUAGAGUUCAGCGUUUAGUUAGAAUGCACGCAGCCGAUAUGGAGGAAGUAACAACUGCUUAUGCCGGCGACAUUUGUGCCACUUUUGGUUUGGAUUGCCAUUCUGGUGAAACGUUCUGUUCGGAUGCUGGACUUGCUCCUCAUUGCGAAUCUAUGCACAUACCAGAGCCUGUGAUUUCUAUGUCCAUCAAACCCGUGAACCGAAAAGAUGCCGAUAACUUCAUCAAAGCUUUAACGCGGUUUACAAAGGAAGAUCCCACAUUUAGAAGAGAAUAUAACCAGGAAGCGAAGGAAACCAUUGUUUCAGGCAUGGGCGAAUUACAUUUGGAAAUUUAUGCACAGCGCAUGAAAAAUGAGUUUAAUUGUCCUGUUGAAUUGGGCAAACCUACAGUAGCUUACAGAGAGAGUCUAGCUAGUCCAUAUCUGUUUCAUUUCCGUCAUAAAAAACAAACUGGAGGACAGGGACAGUUUGGUGAAAUUGAAGGUGUCAUUGAUAACUUGCCACCUGAGAGAAACACUGUUGUGGAAUUCACAGACGAAACAUUUGGUAACAACAUUCCCAAGAAUCUGUUUCCUGCUUUGAAAAAGGGACUGGAUUUGAUAGUUGCUGAAGGACCCUUAAUUCAUUCACGUAUUGCUGGUAUAAACGUACGCAUCAAAGAUGGUGCAACCCAUGCUGUUGACUCGACAGAAAUAGCUAUGAUUAAUACUAUGCAAAACAUGAUGCGAGAAUCCUUUGAGAAAGCAAACUGGAUUUUACUAGAACCCAUAAUGAAAGUUGAAGUAACGACACCCUCAGAAUUUCAAGGCAACGUGGUAACUUCUCUUACGCAAAGAAAUGCAUUGAUUACAUCAACUGAUUCAAAUGAUGGAUAUACCAGUGUUCUCUGCGAGGCACCUUUAUCUGAUAUGUUUGGUUACACUUCGCAGUUACGAUCUUUGACCGAAGGAAAAGGAGAGUUUUCUAUGGAAUAUUCGAGAUAUGCGCCAACCACUAAAGAGGCUCAGGAUUUGGUUGUGAGAGAUUGGCAAAUAGCAAACGGAUUGAUAGAUCCGAACGCUGAUAAAAAGAAGAAAAAGAAGUGA